AUGCAAGAGUUGCACAAGGCCCGCGAUACACGUCUCUGCUUGUUUACCAGUGUCGGCGUCCGCAAUGCGCGGACGGUCGGCAAUGAUGAAGCGCUCAACGUUCACUACGCACAGCUGGAGCAGUAUGUCACCGUGGAAAACCGGGAGGGGGUUACAAUCGUUGUGAAUAACCCGGCUGUUCUGCUUUCGUUCGUAGAGCCAUGUCUCCACAGUGGCCAGUCUCUUAUCGCUCAGAUCAUGGAAGCAAUCAGCCAGCUGUCGGAGAUGUGGGCUAAUAUCACCCAGGAGCCACCAACUGAUAUAACCGUUAGGAUUCUACACGAGCACAUACCCUCGCACGCAAAGCGACAGAAGCGAACAGCGAAGUUAAUUCCCCGCCUUGGGCGCGACCUUAGCUUCGGCGUCGACGUUUCAAUGGGCUCGGGCGAACGCUAA